UUUUUUAUGUUUUUUUUUUUUUUGUUUUUUUUUUUUUUUUUACUAUAUUUGAUAGGUGUUGGGUUGCUAAACUAUGUAUUUUACACAACAAAAAUGCAUUGGCAUUUGCUUGUAACAAGAAAAAAACGUGUCAAGUUCAAAUAAAAGAUUUUCGAUUUAACAUCAAUGAAACAUGUGGAUCAACAGUGAGAUUUUUUACCAAAUACAAAUGUGUACCAGGUAAUAUAGACUUACUCUAAGUAGCAAAGUUUCAUCUAGUUGUUUGUAUUGUUCGAUUUGAAUAUUUAUUUAUUUAUUUUUCAGUUAUCUAUGAUCAAAAAGAUUUUUUAUGUGAAUCGGUUAAUUCUCGUCGUCCACCGGAGAUCAAUUUAUCGUGUAAUCAUGAUUAUUAUUUAUACAUUACAUAUGCCGUUUUGGGUAUAACGCCAAAGAAAGGUUCGACUGCAUGUAAAAAAGAGCAGUGGUAUUGUAAUCAAUAUGUCCACCAUACUUAUUCAAAAUUAUGUGCAACAAGUGUAAAGAAAGAUUCCUGUACAAUUCGUUAUGAAGAUCGACCACCAUUGAAAGAUUGUACAUAUGGAAUAUAUAGUAAUUUUUCAUUAGUUGAUUACAGUUGUAUACCGAAUGAGCAUAUCGUUGAAGAUUUACCUCGUAUAGACAUUUGUUCAAAUGACAGUACUUUGAUCAAUAGUGAACGUGGUCUACUUCAUAGUCCUCAAUAUCCUCAACCUAUUGGAAAAUCUCUCAGGUGCAUAAAAGAACUUCGUAUUCAACGUGAGGCACGAUUUCGUCUAUUUUUAUUGAAAAAACAAAUUGAAUAUUAUCAUGAGUUUAACAUUCGAUUUGUUAAUGAAGAAAAAACACAAAAUACUGGAAAGCGAUUGAUAUUAGCAAAUGAAUUGAUCGAUGUGAAUUUUACGAAUGAAAUUGUCCAAUUUGAAUUAAAAACAAAUCAUAAUGGUGGUGGACACUUUAUAUUAUAUUUUCAAGUCGAUUCACAUAUAUCCGAAUACGCCCCUCAUUCAUUGGAGACUGAACGACGUCCGAAUGCAAGUAAACAAAAAAAUCAUGGAAAAAGAGAUAUUGGAGUAUUGAUAGGUAUUGUUGCUGGUGUUAUUUUGGUUCUUCUUAUACUCAUCAUUGUUAUCACCGCCAUUCUAGUAUCAAGACGUCGUCGUCAGCGUCAUCUGAAAUACUUACGCUCACAUGACGAUCAUAAUAAUCAACAUUUAGAUUCAUCGUCACCCAUCAAUAAUAAUCAUUUGGGACCACUUCGCAUUGAACAUCCUCAUUUACAACUACCUCAUGUUCCUCGUCCAACUUCAACUUCAUCUGCUUCCUCUUCUUCUGUUAUCAUUCAUCAUGUUGCCGAUAAUAAUGAUCGUGAAUCACUUCUUAAACCAUCAUCACCUAUAAAUCAUCUUACACAAGGUGAUCGUGAACAAGCAGAUAAUUUUUAUGAAGAAAUUAAAGAACAACAACAACAAGCUGCUCUCGCUUUAGCUGCUAUUCAUAAUGAUACGCCAGAACAACAUUAUCUAGAACCGAAAUCAUUUGAACAAAAAAAGAAAUUUUUUGAACAAGAAACCAAAAAUCAUGGCGAUAAAGUUUUGUUUUUACCAAAAUCAUCACCAACAAACAGACCGAUGACAUCGAAUGGAGGAGAAGAUGAGAGACACCGAGAGAACGGUCAAGAACAGCAAUUUCGUAAAAAAGCUGCACCAUUAGCUACACCUGAAACUGAAAAAAAACAACAAAAACUUUUACAUCUUCACUCGACGGUUAAUAAUGAUGGUUCAAUGACAAAUACCGAAACAUUAGACAUUCAUCCAUCAAAUUCAGCUCUAGUUACUGCUUCAAGUAAUAUUCAAUUACAACGACCUACAGUACCACCACCAAAAAUACCACCUCCUCGAAUGGACAUAUUACCUCAACCAUCAGCGCCACCAUUACACUUAAUGAAUCCUGAACAACGAGAAAUGUUGCGAGCACAUCAACAAUCAACGAAUUUAUGUGAAUUAGCUGGUACCGAUAAAAUUGACGAACAAAAUAUUGAAGAUAAAGAUUUAUUAGAUUUAACAACAAUGAUCAACCAUGACAAUCGAGAAUUGACAAAAGUGUUGGCUGAUGUUGGUCUGGCAGAAGAAGAGAGCAAUGGUGGUGAAGUUGAUGAAAGUACUCCAACAGAAGCAACCGAUGAUGACGAUCAUAAUGACGAUUACAACAUUGAUAAUAUUCUUCGCCCUCUAUUUGUUACAAGCAUAUAG